AUGACUGAAGAAGAUCAUUUGUCACUGGUGACAUUGGCACUGAAGGACAAAAACGCUCAAGUUGGUGACAAGCUGGAUGAUGUGCGUAAGAGUCUGAUUGCAGGUGACGUGGAGCAAUUUCUGGAGACUGUGGGCGACAUUGGAGACCAGUCACCCCUUGUGUAUCUCAUGGACUGGUUGCAUACUUGGCAGCAGGAAUACGAGGCCUUUGUGCACGUCCUUGGUGUCCAAGAGGAAGAAAUGGAACACAAUGAGACGGAAAAGGACUUGGCUGAGAUAGAGGACGAAGCGGAGAAGCUGAUGAAGGGCGUUGGUAAGGUAGCGAGGGCACUGCUACAGCGUUUGGGCCUCAAGGACCCGAACAGCAUCGUGGACCGCUACGGAUGGACGUUGCUGAUGCAAGCAGCUAAUUGUGGACUUUAUGAGUUGACAGAGAAUCUUGUGGCUCUUAAGGCUGACGUGAACUACGCUGGCACCGCUAAGGACGCCGGUAACGCUCUCUAUUUGGCUGUCGAAUCGGAACACACAGCUGUGGCGUUAUUCUUGCUCAAGAACGGCGCUAUUGAGUCUGCUACGAAGCUUGUCACGACGUAUUCGGUCGGACUAAAAGACGGAGUGAAAGGCCAUGCAGAAGACAAUGACUGUGCACUGUUUCAGGCCUGCCGUUUUGGCCAACUUGAUGUCGUAAAGGAGAUGCUUGCACUGGGUGUGGAUGUUAACUUCACACUGCCCUCGGAUGGUGACUGUGCGUUGCAUGUGUCAGUAAUGUUUGAGAUGCACGACGUUGUUGAACUCCUGGCUAAUAGCGAGAAGACUGAUCUGAAUGCACUGAACAAGAUUGGCCAGACGUGCCUCUUCGGCUGCUCUAGCGUUGAGCUGAUCAAGCUGCUUGUUGCGAAGGGAGUGGACCCCAAGAUCAAAGAUAUUGACGGUGAAACGGCUUUUUCAAUGGCGCAGGCGCUUGGAGACGAUGAUGUGGCCGCAUUCCUAGAGACACAGACUUUGUAA